AUGCCAUCGGGUCUGCCGUGGUGGUGUGACACUGCAGCAGCAUCUCCUAACACCGGGCUGGUCUGGGGUCCUGAAGGUGCAGAGGUCAUCAGAGGUGACAGCUUUGUCUUCACCUGCUCCAUUUCCUCCCACUUUCCUGGAGGGGUUUUCUCUCUCAUCUUCUCAGGCUGCAACAUUACCGAGACCAAGCCAGCUGUCAAUAACUCAGCCUCCUUUAGUUUUCCUGAAGCUGAUUAUGAACACCGGGGCAACUACAGCUGUGUGUAUGAAGUUACACUUUCCUCAAGGAAAUUUAUGUCAACUUCCACAGCAAUAAUGAGUAUCACCCUUAAAUUACCUGUCUUGUUGCUCGUCUCCUCAGUCUCUGCACCUCUGUUCAUGCUCCUGCUGGUCUUCCUUGUGACCUUCCUGGUUUGCAGGAGAAGGAAAAGAGUCAGGCAGCCUGAAGCCCUAGUCCAAAUUCAAAUGGCUCCCAGGAUCAAUGACGAGGAGGAGGAGCACUAUGUCAACCUUGAGCAGCAGUACACAAAGAAGAGGGCAGAUCAAGCACAAAGUGUAGAAAAAGAAGUGUGUGACGAGGAUCAUGAGUGGGAUGAAAAAGAUAGUCACAAUGAGUCGAAAGAAAGUGAUGAUAAAGAAGGAAAUAAAGACGAUAAUGUUUAUGAAUUGGAUAAGGACAACAUUUAUGUUACUUUAGAAGGCAGCAAAGAGGAAGAGGAGUGUCAUGCAGGCGACGCUGGUAUGAGAGAAGUUUCUGUAGAGCAAAAAACAAAAGAUUGUGAUGAUACUUACAUGAAUAUAGCCCAGGCUUUACCAGAUGAUAGUGUGGAUAUUUAUGGUGAACAGGAAGCUAUCAAAACUUUUAAUUUACUUUUUCAAAGAAUUCCAGUAGCUACCAUAGAGAAAGUAAAACUGACCUAUCCAUUUGAAGUUACCAAAGAUUUGAGCUUUGAAUCUGAGGUAUUCAAUGUCUCACUCUAACAUUUUGCGCGGUGUGUCAGUGACGCACCGGUGUUUUUGUUUCGUUCUUAGGAAAACUCAGAUUUUUAUAGGUAAUUCCGGUUUGUCAUAUGUGCCCUUAUCCAGUGCUUUUAUACCUGGAUCAGACAUCUGUUCCAUAUUUAUAUGAAGCCUGAAUUCAUAAAACUGAAUUUCCUGUGUAAUACCACGUUAUGAAAUCUUAAAACUUAGAAGCAGGCAAUUCACAGAGGUCAGUGUUAUUUAUUUUAACUGGCAUAAACAGGAUGUGACAAGUGAUAAUAAUUUAUUAAGGCUUUAUUAAGGCUGUUGUGUUUUUAACAUGUUUUAAUGCUUUGUAUCUUGUUCUAUUUAAU